UAUCAAGACUAGAGUUGUCUAUUGAGUGGAACAAAGAUAAAUAAAUUAGAAAUAUAUAAACAUAGAUGUUAUGAAUAUUUACAUUUUCUAAUAUAACAUGUAUUAUCGUUAAUGCAAACAAUAAGAUUUGUAGGUUUUAUUUGUCAAACUGUACCAAGAUUGGAUUCCUAUUGGAGAUUGAUCAUCACAAAGCGGAUGAACUGAAGAUCUGAGUGAUUCCCAGAGGCUUCUAGAGAAGAAGAUAAUUUCUCAAAAUGUCUGUUAAAAACCAACAAGCAGAUAAAUUGAUGCUGUGUCCCAUUUGUGUGGAAACAAUGACUUCUCCCAUAAUUCAGUGUCAGAGGGGACAUAGCAUGUGUGGUGAAUGCAUAAAAUCUUCCGGAAUUACCAUGUGCCCUUGUUGUAGAGGACCUAUAUCGAAUACAAGAAAUUAUCAGUUGGAGCAGCUAAUUGAAGGCAUCAAGGAUGUCCUCAAGUUGAAAUGCUGCUAUGCAGAUAAGGGCUGCAAGUAUAUCAUAUCAACCCAGGAGAAAGAAGCCCACGAGCUAGAGUGCAGGUUCAGAAAAUACUAUUGCGAAGGAAAGAAAUUUGCCAAGUGGAAAUGCAACUGGGCAGGAGAAUAUUCUGAGAUAUAUAAUCAUUUUAAAGACGCCCACAACCCACAAACUUUUAUGCAGUAUAGCACCGAAGCUAAUAUGAAGAUUGAUUUGACCAGGGAUUUCUAUGACUUGCAGAUCAUCUCAUUUUUCAACGGCCAGAAUUACUUUUUUUAUAAGCACAAAAUUGACACUGCUAAACAAAAGGCUUACUGGACUUUUCAGAUGAUUGGAUUGCUUGAUCAAGCUCUGCAUUAUUUCUAUGAAUUUGAAAUCCACAGUGGCCCUGUACGUCAGUAUAAAGUAAUCGAGUUAUGUCAAAAUGACACUGCCGACACAGAAGCCAUCUUCAAUCAAGAGAAAUGCGUUGUAAUUACAUUUUCAACACUUAAAAACUACUUGAACGGAGAUGGAGAACUACCCUUCAAGUUCAGAAUUAAGUCGAUCAAGAAAUCAACAGAUACUACUCCUAAGAAGCCUAUCAAAUGCCAUGGUCCAAGGAGAUGAGAAUUGGGAAUCGGCAUUUUGUUUUUAUCUUAUGAAGUUGCUUAUAAAUAACAUUAGAUUUCAAUGAAUGUGAUUUCAGUUAUACAUUUCGAAUUAUGAAUUUUCAGUCGAGUUGCUUAUAUGAUAUAUUAUUCAUUAAAUAAGAUACCUUAUAGUAAUAAUAA